AUGAGGAUAAUUCAUAUUAAAAUUAUACCCUGUUUUAUUUUUUGCUUAGGUUUUAUCACCGAUGAUUUAAUUCGAGUUGAAGAAAAGGGAGAGCAAAAGAAGUACAUGGGUGUAUGCAAACUUCCUGGAGAAGACACGAAGCAUCGUCGAAUUGACAUCAUCGUAGCGCCAUACAGUGAGUACCCGUGUGCACUGGUUCAUUUCACUGGAUCGGGACACUUCAAUCGGUCAAUGAGGGCGCUAGCCAAGAAGAAGGGGAUGUCACUAUCAGAGCAUGCAUUGCGGACAGGGGUCGUACGCAGAGGUCAAGAGAAAAUUCAUGAAGGAACUCCGCUGCCAGUCCACUGUGAGAAAGAUAUCUUUGAUCACCUUGGUUUAGAAUACAGAGAAUCACAUGAGAGGGACUACUAGAAGGAUUUUGAAUUAUUAUUAGUCCAUAUUAUGGAAAUCAAUUGAAAUUGAUUAAUGUAAUAAUUUGAGGAGAAAACAUAUGAGUGUAGGAUUCAUUAUAAAUAGUACUUUUCCU